GGGCUGUAGUCCCGGUGUGCGUCAGUUUGGAGAGCUCCUACUUGCCGAAGACGCUCACCGCGGAAGUCUCCCUCGCGGAGAUCGACGCGCUUCCCGGCGGGCUGGUGGAUAUCCACGACUGCAACACGUUCGAAAAAAUGGACUCGAACGACACCGCCUUCCCCGGAAAGCGGUUGGCGGUUUCGGGCUGCAACCGGAUGGAAGCGCAGGGGAACGCCUUCUACGACCUUGACCAGCGCGAGUCGGUGGUUCUCAAGGGCUGCAUGGCACAGGAAACGACGGAGCAGAGCGGGCUGCCGGUUACGGUAUAGGGAAGUAGUAAUUUUUUGCGAAAAUAAUAGAAUCCUGAUUAGCAUCGUCUAUCUUUCAUGUACAACAACUUGCGCGGCCGUGCAGCUGUUUUUUUUUCGUAUAAGAGCUGUCGCUUCAUAGAGUUCUAGUUCUAAGUACUUAGUUCUAUUCGGCACCAAGUACUAAAAACUACAAUCCUCCGCAGUCCAUGCCGCCGACGGAGGGCUGCGAUUUGGCGGGAAAGACCCCGAAGC